AUGCUCGCCCUGGAAUCGCACAGGGCGAUGACUUCCCGGAAGGCUACCUGCUCCUCGACCUUCGUCUCCUUCCCCAGUACUAUGCUGGAGGGAUUCAUUGGCGCCGGAUCUGUUCGCACCUCCUCCCUGACCGCCACCGGCCUGUCGGUCGGCGUGGUGCGGCUCGGCUUGCUGGAGGUGGACUCGUCUCCCGAUGCCGAGGUCCUGGUGGCAGUGGAGUGCCUGUCAGCUGGACAGUCGGCGUGUGUGGCUGACGAGGACGGCAACAUCGGCGCUGGAAAUCAGGGCAGGCGCAACUUUGGCCGCAACAACCAGGGAGACGAUAACAUUGUCGCCACCUUCACCCAUCACAUUGCCGCCUCCACCACCCAGUGA